GAAGUGGCAGAAGCUAUUAGGAGGUGUGGACUGUCAGUCACACCGACCCGCCCCCGUGCGCCUCGCAGACUGCACGCACCACGACUUCUCUAGCAGCUGCGGAGUUGGAUCUCUGUGACAUCGCGCAGCUAUUACAAGAGGAGAAACGGCAAAAAUGUGAAGGAGCUGCAGCCGUCCACCGCUUUCUGGAAGACGGCAGGUAGUGCAAAGUUCUGUGGUUCGCAUCCCUCUCGAUCAGCAUGGACGAGCCCGCUGCGGCCAACAGCGGCUCGGACGGGGACAGCGUCAGCCUCAGUGUGCUCAACUGGGAGCAAGUGCAGCGGCUGGACAACAUCCUGACCGGCUCCAUCCCCAUCCACGGCCGCUGGAGCUUCCCGACGCUGGAGGUGAAGCCGAGAGAUAUCGUCAAGGUGGUCCGGAGCCGCAUGGAGGAGAGGCGGAUCCAUGUCCGGGAGGUGCGCCUCAACGGCUCCGCUGCCAGCUACGUCCUGCAUGAGGACAGCGGGCUGGGCUGGAAAGAUCUGGACUUGAUAUUCUGCGCUGACCUGAAAGGAGAGAUGGAGUUUCAGAUAGUGAAAGAUAUAGUCCUGGACUCUCUUCUAGACUUCUUGCCAGAGGGAGUGAAUAAGGAGAAGAUCACACCAGUGACCUUAAAGGAGGCCUAUGUGCAAAAGAUGGUGAAGGUGUGCAAUGACUCAGACCGCUGGAGUCUCAUCUCCCUCUCCAACAACCGUGGCAAGAACGUGGAGCUCAAGUUUGUGGACUCCCUUCGACGGCAGUUUGAGUUCAGCGUGGACUCCUUCCAGAUCCGGCUGGACUCGCUCCUCCUCUUCUACGAGUGCUCAGAGCACCCAAUGGCCGCCACCUUCCACCCCACAAUCCUCGGGGAGAGUGUCUACGGCGACUUCCCCACCGCCCUCGAUCACCUGCGUAAGCGCCUCAUCUGCACGCGGAGUCCCGAGGAGAUCCGAGGAGGGGGCUUGCUGAAGUACUGCCACCUCCUGGUGCGGGGUUUCCGUGCAGCCUCAGAGAGCGAGAUGAAACUGCUGCAGCGCUACAUGUGCUCGCGCUUCUUCAUAGACUUUCCCGACGUGAGCGAGCAGAGGAGGAAGCUGGAGUCCUACCUGCAGAACCACUUUGUGGACCUGGAGGACAGGAAGUAUGACUACCUGGCCACGCUGUACGACGUGGUGCAGGAGAGCACCGUGUGCCUGAUGGGCCACGAGAGGCGCCAGACGCUCAGCCUCAUCUCGUCAUUGGCGCUGCGGGUCCUGGCCGAGCAGAAUGCCAUUCCCAACGCCGCCAACGUCACCUGCUUCUAUCAGCCUGCCCCUUACGUCUGCGAUGGCAACUUCAGCAACUAUUAUGUAGCUCAGAUUCAGCCUGUCUACGCCUGUCCACCCUCGCCUACGCAUCAUCCGUAUCUUACCCCUUCACAGCAUCCCAUGUACGCCAGCUGGUUGCCCUGUAACUAAACCUCGUGAGCAUCUAUCCUUUAUUGUGUAGCUGGUGGACCACAUGCCCAAUCAAAAGGGAUAAAUUAUGUUUGUAUCUCUUCCUUAAGAUGGGAAACUAAGGGAAAUGAGAGAGGGAAUGCUGGAGACAAAUUUAAACAGACAUUAGGGCGCAGUUAAAAGAAGAGAAUAAAGGGAAGAAGGGAAGGCAGCGGGCCAGAGAAAGGCUUUUUCCCUGGAGUACGCUGCAACAGCAUGAAGGAGCUGAGCACACAAUGAGAGAUGACAGAGGCUGACCAUCAGCUUCAUGGUUCUUUCAUCAGGGCUAAGAUCGAUUUGGUGGAAAAGGCCGCAAGUCGAGCUCAGCCUCAGAGUCAUCGACACCCUGGAUAUAAAGAUAUUUUCCUCCUGCGAACUCAAAAUAGACAGAAACACAAACCAGACCCUCACUUUUACAGGCGGCAGCCAUGGAGAGGAACAGACACGCACACGAGGCAUUGAAGAUAUUGAACAUGAUGCAAUGAAGAUAUUGAUUCUUGAUCCAACAACAGCGACCAUUUGACCUUUUGACAUGUGCCCUGCUCUGUGUGUGGGUGUAUGUGGGAUGGGGGAGGAGGGCGGACCAUGCAAAAAAGAGGAACGAUACUGUUUACAAAUCCAAAGAUCUACUUCGACACUCGAGUUCUGUCUGAACCGAAAAAAAACAACAACAAAACAAUGCAUGCUUCAUUCCUGUACAGGGAUAAGUUUCUUUAAGUGCCUCGACAAAGCCUAAAGGGAAGGGAUAUUUUUUGUGGUUGCCGAGUUGUCUCAGUGACGAGCGGCGAUGACACCUGAUAAAGAUGAAUGUAUCGUGAGAGUUUACCAAUAGCUGAGUAGCCUAAGGGUCUCUUACACUGAGAAAUGUAUCUUCCUCAACUUUAUUUUCUUUUUUGACAACGUUUUCGCUAAAGCCUGCUCUUAUCUGCGGUCCUGCUGGACGAACGCACAUCCUGAUUACCAAAGAGGAAGUCACAAUGUAAUCUCAUCAUCUGUAGAAAGAAGGGGCGGGAGGGUGGAGGGGGAUGUUUAGUGCGGGGAAGGGGGGGAGGGAUGAAAAGUGCUUGUUAAAGUAAAUUAGAUCGUACUUGUGGGAGAAACAGUUUCGUCACCGGAGAGAAUAAACUGCCCUUUUCUGUUGCAACAUGAAACGGACCCGUGCACAGCCUGACAGCCAAUCAUGCAACUUAUCCCAGAGAGAAGUUUUAAGUCAUUCUUAAAAGGUGUAAAUCAGCAUGCACAUACACACGCUACAUGCUGAAAUGUUGACAUACAGAAGGUUAAAAUGCUAAUUAAUAAAUCCCUUUGAAAUAUGCAACUCAGCCUUUAUUAAAGGUGCCCUGUGGAGUUCAGAUGAGUAGAGAACCACAUCAAGUUAUGUUUUAGCCUCAACGUCAGACAAAACUUUGAUAUUUUAAAACAUGCAUUGUUUUACAAACCCACUUUUGCGUAAAUACGCCCUGUUUGAUUCAAUAUGUGCAUGUGCGUAUUUGGAGAAUGGCACAAUACAAAUGAAAUGGGAACGCACUUGUCAAAAACAUUGCUCCAUAGCGCUACUAGUGGUCAAAAGCUCUACAGGACACCUUAACAUUUUCAAAUGCAUCUUGAACAGAAAGUAAAUUAGACGUGCAACUUAUUUGAAAUGCAUAUUGAAACAGUGCUAAGUAGUUUACAGAGGAAAGGUUUAAUAAAAUCGAAACAAUACAAAUAUUGUCCCAUCUUUUUAAAUCAAAUAUAUAGAAUGGUAAAUUUCUCGAUACUCUGUGUACAAAGGCAUUUUGAUAUUCACUGUAAUAGAAAAAAAAUGAUUGCUUUCCAUGUAUACAAGCUGUUUUGGGACAUGGAUCUCCUGUACUGGCGUUUGCAAAUAUCUGCAGAGUUGGGAAGUUAUGCUAAUGUUUGUUUGUCAAACACACAUUAGUGGUUAAGGGGUGGAGGUUGGAUUGUGUGCGUUUCAGCAAUGUACAAGUAUUAAACCUGUCCAAGACCCAGCAGAUACAAAAGCUUCACAUGUGUAAGGAAGCACAAUCACAUUGAUAAUUGAGUGGCAAUAAAUUGAGCCAGGAUUUUUCUCAGCUUUAAAAGUGCAAGAGACAAAGCAUGUUCAAUCACAGCUCCUAUUUUUCUAUCGAUCUCUAUUCUUGUACAGUUUGUGUUUGGCUGGUUGUAGCAGGCAGAUUCAAAAGCUGUGUCAUUGAGUAAAAUAUUAUUUUUCUUUUCUUCGUGGUGUGGGGAACAUUUGUGUUUUUCUCUGUGUGAGGCGGAGCAGCGCAGUGGACACUGUGUUUAAAUUGAGAUGCAGAUUUGACUUUGUGCUCUGAACUGUUUCAUAUGUUUUUGUUUUUCUGUUGCUCCAAAGAGAUUGUGUCACAGUUGUAUACGUGUGUUUUUAACUGCCAUCCUGUUUGGACAUGGAAAUAAUGAUCUGAUUAUUGUGUUGCAAAGUUUUUUGACUUGAUAAUUAAAAACAAAAAAGACCUUCA